AUGGGACUACAGAAGAUGCUGUGUUGUUUGUUUGUUGCUGCUUGUGUUGGGCUGAUUUCACCUGUGGGAAGUCUAACGAGCUGUGAUGAAGUGCGCAAAGUUUUUCAGCUGCGGCAGAUUGGACCAGUGAAAUCACUGCCCAAGAGACCGAGAGAAGGUUCGGACCUCCAGGUGUGCCAGUCCAGGAACCUGACAUGCUGUUCUAAGAAGAUGGAGGAGAGGUAUCAGGUGGCGGCCCGGCGGGAUGUUCAGAACCUCCUCCAGACCUCCUCCGCCAGCCUCAAGUUCCUCAUCUCCAGGAACGUAGCAGCCUUCCAAGAAAGCUUUGAGUCCCUGAUAAAGGCAUCAGAGAACCACACCAACCUGGUCCUCCAGGCGUCGUACCGUAACAUGGCUGGGGAGGCGUCAGGUCUGGUGAGAGAGUUGUUCACUGACGUCGGCCUCUUCCUCCUUGGCUCCGAACUCAACAUUGAUGACAUCACCAGCCGCUUCUUUGACGCUCUCUUCCCAUUGGUCUACCACCACCUCAUCAACCCCAGCCUCAGCCGCGUCACCCCCGGUUACGCCGAGUGCGUCCGCUCCGCCCGCCGCGAUUUGUCCCCGUUCGGCGCUGCUCCGGGAGUCCUAGCCAAUCAGAUCGGGAGGUCGGGGGUCGGGGGUCGUGUGCUGUUACAGGCGCUGCACCUCGGCAUAGAGGUGAUCAACACCACGGAUCACCUGGUGUUUAGCAGGGAGUGUCGUAGAGCUCUGCUCAGGAUGCAGUACUGUCCCCACUGCCACGGACUCACCCUGUCUAAACCCUGUAUGGGCUACUGUCUCAAUGUGAUGCGUGGCUGUCUGGCUAGCAUGGCUGAGGUGGACCUCCAUUGGAGAGAAUUCGUGAGGUCGUUAGAGGGGCUGUCGGCACGCAUGCACGGAACUCAGGACCUGGAGCAAGUGCUGCUGGGAGUUCACGCCGUCGUCCACGACGCCGUCGCACAUGGUCAGAGGAACGGGCCACACCUCUCUGCACAGGUGUAUAAAGUAUGUGGUCGUCCCAGUAGACAGCCUGCCCAGUCAGUCAGCGGCCAGCAGGACGGAGCGUCCAUCCCUCUCAAAGCCUUCAUCAGAGAAACAGGAAACAGCCUGGCUACCAGGAGGAAAGAGUUCCUGAACAGUCUGCGUUUGUACCGUACCUUCUACGGUGGCCUGGCGGACCAGCUGUGUGUGAACCAGCUGGCCUCCGAUGGACUGGCCUGCUGGAACGGAGCCGACGUUGUCAAGAGCUAUACUCUGAGAGUGGUGGGUAAUGGAAUCAAGGCCCAGACUGCUAAUCCAGAGGUUAAAGUGAAGGAAGGGGACCCAGUCAUCCAUCAGAUCAUUGAUAAACUCAAGCACAUCAAUCAGCUGCUGCAGGGGAAGUCCAUCCCCAAGUUUGGAACGUUGGAUCUAAUCGAAACAGGAAGCGGAAAUGGUGAGGGGCGUGGCUACAGCGGAGACUGUGAUGACGAGGAUGGGUGUGGCGGAUCAGGGGGUGGAGAGGUCAAGAGGAAGGUCAUGACGGUCUCUAAACGUAAGUCGCCUCAGACCACUUCAGGUUUCAGCCUUGUUCAUUCACUUGUUUGUUUACGGCAGCACGCUGUCACACAACAACUUAGUUUCCUUCCUCACGUCCUCUGUCUGUCACACAACAACUUAGUUUCCUUCCUCACGUCCUCU